AGCGGCCACAGUACAUGCGGAUAUCACGGCUGAUCACCGUGACGUACCUGCCGUGUUGUGGUGUUCACAAUCUGUUACCAGUCUGCAGACGAGAGCGGCCGCCGCCAUUUCGACCUGUUCGUCGUAUCGUGGAGUUGGAACUUUGGCCUUUCACUACAGGUGCUCAGGCCUCCUUACCUGGUUGUUCAGGAUUUUUGUUUCUUAGGUUGCCGUGUGGCGAGCGGCAUUCGAGUCCGUGCGCAUUUCUAUAAGUGUGUGCAUUUGGGUUUGUCGGUUCCAUCUUGUUUUGGAUGCUGUAUGCCCAUGUUUUCAUGUUUUCUGAUAUUUCGACUUUGCUUUGGCAGGCCAAACCAAAGGUUAUGAACUUAGGAAUUUGUCGAGUUUCUUUGCAAAGUGGAGCGAUCAAACCGGCCACAAUCUUUUCAGGCACGGGUCAAAGCUACUUGGCAGGGAAGGGAAACGCUGGUCAAAUCAACUCUUCAUCAGCAAUCUCUUUAGUGGACUGGUUCGUCCAUGCUGAGGAGGCCAAGCAAUAUGUGAUGUAUUUGGAACAAAUGACAGAGGUUUGCCUCACGAGCUGCCGUCUUGAACGUUCCCAAGUCUAUCUGAAGGAAUUGAAGAGUGUAAAGAAGAAGAAAGUGUUUGGUAAGGAUAAGACAUGGCAAGCUGCCAUUGAGAAGGACCGCUUCAAGAACAAACUCAAGACGGGAGAGUCAAACAUGUGGAAAGAGCGGAAGAGAGAGUUGGACAAUGAGCGAAGAGAGUUUCGCCUCGAGCAUCAGCUGGUGAAACUGCCGAAGGGGAAAAUCAUGGAGCUGUCUGGCAAGUCUUGUUGCACUUGCCAGCAGACGCUGAAAUCUGAGCCACAGGGUGACUUUGAGGCGGCCUCCAAGCUCUUGCCUCUUCCGAGGGCCAUGCGCUUUUGCACUGCUACAUCGUGCAGCGCCUACAAGGCAGAAGAUGAGUCCUAUGGAUCAGCUUGCAGGUCCGUGCUUCCGAGUUUCUGCCGGGGAGAUGUGCCAGAAUGUCCCGCUGACCUAGGUUCCUUUGCGACACCAGUUCCUUGGGAAUAGGAACAGCCAGAGCGAGAACGGCAGGUCGAGCUUGCGCCCAAGC